AUGGUUCCCCGCGGGAUAGUUAUCCUGUGCUUUAGUGUUAUCCUGGCAUCGGCUUCAGCGGACAGCUUCGGGCUCGGUAUGAAGCUACUCGGAAGGUUGUACGAUGAAUGCGAGAAAGCAGACGAGAUCCUGAAAUGUUUCAAGAUCCAAGCGGUCAAGCUAGUGGAUCGAGCUGCAAGGAUGCAAGCAUUACCGUUAUUCGACGGCCUUUCCUUAGUUCGGAUUCCAGAAAGUGGCAGAGCGUUUCCCUCAUCUAUACCAGAUGGUGAUUUGAAUUCCUUAAGUUCAGAUGAAGUCGAUAAACUUCUCAAUCUAGCGACAUCGAAGCUCAUACAUACUCAUCGUGUUAUAAUAUCACCUACUAGUGUUGGAUCAGAUCUUGGGCGGGCAUUGAGUGAAGCCAGGGGUAAGUUGAAGAAAAUGAUAGGUCCAAUCCUAGCUGGUGUCGCGAUCAAGGGCGGUUUUUUGGCCAUAGCUUUCCAGGCGAUCGCUUUAAUCGCUGGCAAAGCGCUGUUGAUCGGUAAGAUUGCAUUACUUUUAUCUGCAAUCAUCGGCUUGAAGAAACUGGUAGCAGGGGGAGAAGCGCACGAGAAAACUACUUAUGAGAUAGUCAAGCAUCCACAGGUUUCACAGAGUCAUACUUACACGUCCUCGCACUACGGCAGCGACUUCGACACGACAGGUCCAGGAGGACACUACAGAAGAAGCGUCGAAGAAGAAGCUGCGGCUCAGGACAGGGCUUACAGAGCUUACGCUAAGAAACAGUAA